AUGUCCCACAUUCAUCUUUUAUUCAUUGACUUUGUCCUUAUUGUUGCCCGAGCAGGCACCGCAGAGUCACGUCCAUCAUCUCCUCUUUUCAUCCCGGCAAAGCCCGCAAAGAAGUCUGCGAGGAGGUCAAGAAAACACAUCAAAGAAGUCAGCGGAGGAUCCACAGACAGCGAGGACAUCGCCGUGGCCGGAACUAAAGAGGCCUUCAAGAAGAAACGGCGCAAGGGUCAAGCUAAUCAGAAGGAGAGCAAAGACACGGCAGCGGGAAAUAACAGAGGGGAAGAGGGACGAGACAGCAAGGGCUCCGAAAGGUCAACCGCAACAGAAAAAUCUGAAGGCCUGGCGUCGGCUGCCAGGCAAGAGCAGGAAACAACCAGCGGUGUCACGCCGUCGCAGACAGAGCCGCCGACAUUGAACAAGACAAGCAGAGUCCCCGAUUCAUUGCAGGAUGAGGAAGCACUGAGUAAGCAGAACAGACAGCAACAGAAGGCUUUGGGACGGAAUGGAAAAAGCAGAGUUGAAGAAAGACUCAAGAACUUCUAUGAGGAAUGUGUGGAAAUGAGUGCUGCAUUGAAGCAGGGCCCAAACAAACACCACUGGUUCAAGGCAAACAUCCUGGAGAGGUGCCGGCUCCAAAAGAGGCUGUCGUCGUGCCCCGAAGCCCGAGGCUCAGAUGUGGAGCUGAGCGCCGAAAGUGACACCGUCCCGCCGCCUGAUGGAGAGCCAGGGGGAGAGGAGGACUUGUCCGGCCACAGCGCUGGCAAAGACGAGCCUGUUAAAGAGCAAGACCUGCAGGCACAGCUGGAUGCCAUGAUGACAGUGCUGAGCACGUCCGACGAGGUGGAGCAGCUGGUUCUCAGGAACACGGAUCUGACGGACGACCUCCUGCUGAACCUGGCGGCGGCCCUGAAGAGCAGCCCGUCGGAGGUCGCGCUGCUCAACCUCAACCUGAACCUCGUCGGCCCGUACGGCGCCCACAUCCUGCUGGACGUCCUGAGAGUGAAGCCCCAGAUACAAGCCGUGCACCUAUUUGGAAACAAACUGCGUGACCAUGGCGUGCUGACCCUGUUGAAUGGAGUCGCUGAGCUGCAAGAGCAAACAGCAAGAACCGCUGCGGCCAUUCAGCAGGCGAUGCUCUUCCCACCCGAACAGAGUUUGUUACAGCAGCUCCCCACCGGGUGGAGCUCUUUCAGGGUCUUCACACUGCAGGAGCUAGACAUCGGGGGCAACGGCCUGAGCAGUGAAGGGGUCAAGACGCUGGCGUCGUACGUGAGGUCCUACUCGUGCCUCCAGUACUUGGGGUUAGCGCAGACUGGCGGCGCCGAUCUGGCGGCGUGGAAGGAGCUCUUCGACAGCUUGAAAGGGAACGGUUACCUGAGCCAGAUCGUCCUGGACGAGAACAACCUCGGGGACCCCGGGGUCAGGCUGCUGGCCGACACGCUGAGAGAAAACGUCAGUCUGCGGCAGGUGGACCUCGACCGCAAUGGGAUCAGCGACGUGGGGGGAAACGACAUCAUGGCGGCGCUGCUGUGCAGAACGCGGGUUCCACUGAGACAUCUGAGCCUGGAGGACAACAGCAUCAGUGACGGACUCAUGAGCAGAAUACAGGAGGAGGUGAAACGUAAAUGAAUCCUGCUGUAGUGGAAGAACACGCUCACAAACCAUGAGAAACUAA